UUUAGUUCACCAUAUACGUCAUCCGAUACUGCCAACUUGCUAAUGAACGAAGACACGACCCACCCUGUCUCUCUAAGGUCGGUACUGCCUGUGGAGACGCUGGAUCUCAUAUUUAAGUGUCUUUCUCGCGAUGAACUACUCGGUGCUCUCAGAACCAAUAGCCUGUUCCACCGGGUGGGAGCUCGUGUGCUGUAUCGAUCACUGGUCGACCUGCAACCCGUUCAGGCUGUUUACCUCGCCAGGACUAUCGCCCACAACGAUCUUUAUGCGUCGUAUGUACGAAUCGUUGAAUUCGACUGGGGAAGGUGUAUUGUCACCGCCAACUUCCUCCGCCUCCUGAACCGCGCUCUCCGGCGGCUCAAGUUCAUCCUGAAGCUCUCUCUCGAGUUUUCAACCACUGACAGUACAAGCCAUGCUGCAUCUGUCUUGAAUGGAUGUACGUUCUCCCUAAAGAGCUUCUCAACAUCGAUACGUUGCGGCUCCACGCUCGUGCGCUUCCUCGAGGCCCAGAAUAAUAUCACCGACCUUUGUCUGCGGGGUAUAAACGCCACCGAUGCAGCCCCACUCUCCCCUGCGGCGCUUCCUCACCUUUCCCACUUCCGUACGGUCCUGUCGUGGCCCACACUUACUGCUAAUUUUAUUUGCAAUCGACCGGUCGAGAGCGUCUCGAUGUCGGUGCACCCACACGAGAUGUGCUCAGCGCUGAAUGUCCUCCUUUUGUCAUCAAAGCCUAUCAGAAGGUUGACUAUAAUGUCAUUCGACACUGCGGAGCCUGUAUCGCUUCUCCGUGAAAUCGCUUUCCGGCUGCCGGGGCUGGAAGCUCUCCAUCUCGUUGUCCUGCCAACUCAUUUAUAUACACACGAUAUGCUACUUGGGAUGGGAUCCUCGCUAUCCCCGUUCAAGUGUCUCAAGUAUCUCACUUUCAUAGCCCCGGGUACUGAAGCUUCCGUAGAUGACGAAGGUAUGGUGGCUAUGACGUGGCACGAGGCAUGCCCAACCUUGAAGACGAUAAUCUUACCAAGGGGCAUGGUAUGGGCGUUGACGAACGGGAAGUGGUUGUGUUGGGAUGACGAUCCGUCUGUUCCCCUGUGCCAAGAUGUGACGAACGAACUUUGCAGUUAAACAUGGACUAGCUGUGCCGAUUUGCGAUUUGGAAUCUCCAGUGCCCUACUUGAAGGGUGUACAAUGUUGAUAUCAGUCACAUGUUUUGUCCGACUGU